GUUAAAAGAUUAAAAAAAAAAAAAAUCAGUAAAUCCAAGUAAAUUGUCACUGGCACCCGAAGAGUUAAAAUGUAAAUUAGAUAUAAAUUCUAAUUUGGCUGUUUCCAAGAACGUGAAGUUGUUUGCUGACGUCACACGGUCGGUCGGUCGGUCCUGUCGGGGUCGGUACCGGAGGAGUUACGGCCGCGCGCUGCUGCUGAUUAUGGAUUAUUGAUUAUCGAUGGCGCCGCCCCUCGGCUCCGUGUGAACGGAAGAGUCGCUGGGAGGAUUACAGCGACACUCCGCGACCAGCUGGACCGGAUCCGUGUGUGAAUUCGGUUUCCUGAGUCGGAACCUACGACCCAUCCGAUGGCGGUUCCGGGCUGAUCCAGUAGGUUCGGACUUAGCAGGCGGAGCUACCAACUAGCCGUUAUGUAAGCUAGUCGUUAGCACCAUGAACGAUGCCACACAGGAACUGUCUCCGGACUUCGUCCUGAUGCGCCUGGUGUCCGCGGCAGAGUACGACCGCCUGGACCAGCCCGAGGACCGGGUGUGUGCGGGCGGAGGGUUCGGGCCCGCUAAGGCCGGAGGCUCGGCCGCGGGCCUCGGCUCAGCCUCGCCGCACUACAGCUCGCCGCUGCCCCGGAAAAGCGAGCUGGACGGCGGCUUGGUGUUGGCGCAGGCCCCGCCGGGCUCCGAGCCGCCGCUGUCCCCACCGCCCGGAACCGGUGCAGGCGGGCACGGGUCGCGGGCGCAGCUAAUGGUGCUGCAGAACCUGCUUCGGUCCAGAGACGGGAUUCUGGAGUGCGGUUUGGAGCAGCAUCCCCCGGGGUUCCACGGUGGCGAAGAAGCAGAGCGGCCGCACCUGGACACCGGACCCGGUACACCUGCCACUGUUUCCAGCAGCAAGGACCCCAGCACACACUGCGUGUCCCCUGGUGAGGACAGCCUGCAGCAGACCUCGAUCCUCCAGUGGCACCCGGUACUCAGACUGUCAAAGGUGAUGACCGACAGCACAUCCCAGAAUGCACCACAGGGCGAACCCGCUCUGGACCCUGACUCUGAGUCAGUUCUGUGCCACCGACAGAGAUUACUAACAGACCAUCUUGCAAAGUGGCCUCCUGGCUUGCUGGAUAAGGCCCUGCAGCUUGGUCUUCUGGACUCCAGGAAGACCUGCCCGAGUGGUGGAGAGGACCCGGUUCUGGCUCUGGCUGGGAGACUGGGCCAGCUGGGUCAAAGGAUGGAGGGCAGAGAAGAAGGUGGCAGAGGAGCAGAAGAUGAGGUGGUUCUUCCCCUUCCUCGCUGUUCCUGCCACAGUCUUCUGGUUUCUGGGUCAGGGGGUGAUGACCCGACUGAGACCAGUGAUGCCCUGCUGGUUCUGGAAGGUCUGGGGUCUGUAGGUGACCUUGGUCAAGGUGGAGACAGAGAGACGAUGAUCAUGGAGGGUACAGAAAAAGUACAGAGAUUGAAUAGAGGUGGGCCAUGUGAGGGGACGGGGACUUUAAGUGGGUUGAUGCAACAGGUCCACAGACUGGCAGAGGAGGCCGGAGUUUGUACUGAUCAGACCUGCCGGUCAUCUUUGGCUGUUCUAGAGCCACUGGUGUCACUACCGCCCUGUGUAGCCGCCCAUCCCACCACUACCGCUAGCUGCCUCCAUUCAUUCAGCGCCCUGCCGACCCACCAAGUGGGAACAGCUUUCACUGGCCUACAAGUCCUACCCAACGCCGUCUCGGCUGCCAGCCCCAACCAGCAACCGCAGCAUCAGCACCAGUCCCGCUCCCAGCCGCAGAGUCGAGCUACCACCCCAAAGCUUGGUGUUGCCUGUGGUGGAGUGGGCCGCUCCGCUUCUCCUCUUGUUGUCCUGGAAGGGGAGAUGGGCGACAGGGAGGAACGGAAAACACCCCGGGGGAAGUCCCGCAAAAGUGGUUCACUGAAAGUCCGCCUCAGUAAGCUGUUCCGAACGAAGAGCUCCUCUGGGGGGUCAGGGGAGCUCCUGGAUAAGAGACCCUCACUGGCAUCGUCUACAUCAUCCGGCGGGAGUCUGCUGGACGUGUGGGGGUCCACAAGCAGCAACAUAGACCAGGAUGGUGUUAGGCUUCAGGUGUCUCGGCCGCACAGUGCCUUCUCACCGGUCACUCCUGCAUUCACUGGUGAGACGGUGUCUCUGGUUGAUGUGGAUAUAUCUCGAAGGGGCGGGAACUCUCUUCAUCCACCAACCCCCCCCUCCUCCACCAAGCGGAGCCUCAGUCUGCUCGAUGACUUUGGACCUCCACAGCAGCCUGGUCCGUUUUUGGAGCACAGUGUGGGAGCAUCCAUGCAGUCCCUGCCCCCGCGGCCGCUAGCCCUGCCCCCGUCCUUGAGCACCAUUCAGCACAGCCUCAGUCUAAACGACACCUUCCUGCGGGGAUUGCCAAGGCCGGUCCCGCUGAGACCUGAUGGUCAGCACCCUCCACCCCGGUUGGCCCCCCGCUGUCCCCUCAGCCGGCCCGAUGCUAGCACCUUUGCCACCAGCCUCAGAGAACUGGAAAAGUGUGGCUGGUAUUGGGGUCCGAUGAACUGGGAGGACGCAGAGAUGAAGCUGAAGGGGAAACCCGAUGGAUCCUUCCUGGUUCGCGACAGCUCUGAUCCCCGAUACAUCCUGAGCCUGAGCUUCAGGUCUCAGGGAGUCACGCAUCACACCCGUAUGGAGCACUACAGAGGAACCUUCAGUCUGUGGUGUCACCCUAAGUUUGAGGACCGCUGUCACUCUGUGGUGGAGUUCAUUGAGAGAGCCAUCAUGCACUCCAAGAAUGGAAAGUUCCUCUACUUCCUGCGGUCCAGAGUUCCGGGUCUGCCGCCAACUCCGGUGCAGCUCCUGUAUCCGGUAUCCCGCUUCAGCAGCGUCAAAUCCCUGCAGCACCUCUGCAGGUUCUGCAUCCGACAACUGGUCCGCAUCGACCACAUCCAAGAGCUGCCGCUGCCCACGCCUCUGAUCACUUACCUGAGAAAAUUCUACUAUUACGACCCUGAGGAAGAGAUCCACCUGUCACUCAAUGAGACGGGGCGGGACCACAACAGCCAGCCAGGGGUGGAGACUCAGACAUAGCACUGGAACCUGAUAGGACAAAGUUCUCUUUGGUUUCCCGCUCUUCUGUCCACAGACGUUGAAAUAUGGAUGCUGCAGCAAUCAGCUUCUUGAGCUCUUUUCAGGUGGAGUUUCAGAUGAUCCACCCUCCCCAGGCUCUCUGAUUGGCUCACAGGGAGCUGGGCAGGGCCGGGGAUGUGGAGACGCUGCCUCUUUUGAUGUCAUGACUGAGCAGCCAGGUGUUGUUUGGAAACGGACUCCAUUUAGCGAGACGCUUAAAUUCGUCCUCGCGGUGUUGACGCCUCUUUUAACAUCGGGACCCAUGGAAAGAUGCAGCACUUUGGUUUUCUUCCUGAUAAACUGACCUCAAAUCAGCAUCACACUCAUUAGAGCGCUCACCUUCACCAUGGCCCGUUUUGCAACGUUGUGUUCUGACUCCGCCC